AUGGCCGCGAAGAAGUCCAGUGCCGAAGCCAAGCCGGAGGAGGGCUGGGAGACCGUCGCGUCCAAAGAUGCUCGGAGCCGAGAUGACGCGCCUGCGCAGUUCAUGGCCCUUUUGUGGCUGCUGCUGUUCUGGCAAUGCCACGGGUGGCAAACUCCCGCGGAGGUAGCGCAGCUUUGGGACCCCCAGACCCUCGCCUCCUUCUCCACCGCGCAGCUCUCGGCCUUCGGCAGCCUGGCGCGUGGCGAAUGUCCCCUUCUGAGCCGCGCCGUGCGGUGCACGGCGACGCGACGGAAAUCUGCCCCCGCUCCAAAGGAGCCGAGCGGGGAGAAAGCGAGUCGCGUGCCUUGGAAGCGCCUGGCCUACGCAUACCUGAAAGAGGAGGCGAGCCUUGCCUCGCGGCAAGCGCGGAGCAUGGUGCGCCACGUGUGGCGGAACUACGAGCGCUUGGGCUUCGGCAAGGACGAGCUGAAGCCGGUGAGCGGCCGGGCGGUGGAUAGCUGGGGCGGCGUGGGGCAAAUGUUGGUGGACUCCCUGGACACCUUGUGGCUCACCGGCCUCAGGGAGGAGUUCCACAGGGCAGCAGACUGGGUGGAAGAAAGCCUCGACUUCAACAAGGACCUGAACGUGAACUACUUUGAGACCUCCAUCCGCCACCUCGGGGGCCUUUUGUCGGCCUACGUGUUUUCUCAGCGGAGCGGGCUGCUGCGCAAGGCCGCGGACCUCGCGACGCGCUUGGCCCAUGCCUUCCCUUCCGACGGGCCCAAGGCGCCGGAGCGACCUUCCGCCUCGCCACCUUCCGCCUCGCAGUUUCGGCGGUGGCUGAACAGUGCCAAGCACUUCCUGCAACAAGUCUUUGCCGAGGAGGAGCCGCUCUCGGAGCUUGGGACCUACGAUGCGGAGGUGGAGACGGAGGUGGAAGAUCUUUCGCAGCAGCUGGCGGAGAAGGAGAAGACCAAGGAGGUGACCCUGCCCUUGUCCGAUGUGAACCUGCAGUCUGGACAGGCUACUGACCUGGCGGGCUUCUUGUCCUUGGCGGACGAAAUCUACGUUCCCGUCGAAUGGAAGAUGCUAGCAUUGCUGACUUCCAACUGCGAGCACGCGCGGCAACAAGAUCAGGUGCUGCAGGUAUUGAACGCCUCCGCGAAUUUGGAGAGAGGUCUGGUGGCCAUUUUGCUCCAGAAGAACGGGGACGUGUAUGCAGUGCCGGACAAUCGCAUCUCGCUGGGCAGCCGAGGGGAUUCCUUCUACGAAUACCUCCUGAAGGACAACCUUUUCCUGGGAGCGCACGCAAAUCCGCUGGCGCAGAGCCUGUGGGUCGCUUGA